AUGGGUAGUUUUGUAGGGCAUGUAUUACCAGGCAUGGCCUUCUUCAUACUAGGUUUAUGGCAUCUCUUUAACCACAUAAAACUCCACUCUCGCCAAUCAAACUCUUACACUUCAUCUCCAUGGUUCCCCACCACAAAACUGAGGUAUUUAGAGCUCUACUUCAUCAUGUUAGGAAGCUCCAUUUCCAUCUCAACGGAGCUUUUCAUUGGGCCAGAAAAACACCAUCCAUUUGACGUUGAUGGAACCAUACCAUCAAACCAUCUUCGGAACUUCGAACACUCCUUAAUAUCAAUGUCUUUCUUUGUCUACGCAGUUUUUGCUAUAGUUCUUGACAGAAUCGGUGCCGAAGCAAAAUAUGGUCUAACACACCUUGUAGGAGCAAUAGCCUUUGGCCAGCAACUUCUCAUAUUCCGCCUCCACUCAACCGACCACAAAGGUCUUGAAGGGCAAUACCAUUUGCUUCUACAAAUUUUCAUAGCCAUUUCUUUGAUCACCACUCUUAUGGGAAUUGGCCUCCCUAGGAGUUUCUUGGUUAGCUUUGUAAGGUCUCUUAGUAUUUUCUUCCAAGGUGUAUGGUUCAUAGUCAUGGGCUUCAUGCUAUGGACACCAGGGUUGAUUCCUAAGGGUUGCUCAAUUUACAAUGAUGAUGGCCACAAAAUAGUUAGAUGCGAUAGUGAAGAGGCCUUGCAUCGUGCCAAAUCAUUAGCUAAUAUUCUAUUUAGUUGGUUUGUUGUUGGACUCACCAUUUUUGCUAUAUCCUUGUAUUUGGGUUUGACUGAAAUACCUAGCAAGAACGUCAAGUACUCACCUGUGGCCAAGGAAUUCGAAGAAAUACAUGAAGACUCCAGCGACAUUGAAUCUCAAAAGAAGAGUAAAUUGGAGGGAUCGAAGAGUUUGAUUCAUGCGGAAAGAGGGUUUGCCCCUUUUGACAUGGAAAGGUAG